AUGGCUGAAUGCGUAUAUGUGUGGCUGGGCAAUGGGGAUGCAGCAUCAGAACAAGCUCUGAAAUUUCUGAAGAAGCAAUCCCAGCUAUCGGCCAGACUUCCGCUAUCUGUUCUACGGUCAAAGACCAACAGUGAAUACGUGGACUCCCUGCGGAAAUAUCGACAAGCUUCCUGGAGAGAUAUGGUCUUUAGGUUCUCUUUAUCACCUCUAUGGACGAAAAAAGUUGACCUGGAUGUGAUUCUACGAAGCCAGUGGCUAUUCCGGUGCUGGACUUUCCAAGAGUUUCUUUUGGCAAGAGAUAUGAUUUUCUUCUGCGGAAACGAACAUAUUUCCUGGGAAGACUUAUCUAGCGCUGUCUGUUUGGAUCCUACGGACAGCUAUCUGUUGAGAUACCAGCCUAUAAACAAGGAUACUAUGGAUCAUUGGCGCGCCCUCAGCAACCUGUGGUACAACUUGCCGCGAAGUGAGCUUGGAUUGUACUCUUCGUGCUCAGAUCGAAGCUCCGUUGGCUCUUUUCAAGCCGGUGUAAGCAAAGCACGGAGUCAGUCUGAAUAUAAGUUGACCCGUGGACUGUGGAACGCUCACGCAUGUUCUAGCGUAUUAAUCGGAGCAGGUCUCGUGGCACUGUACUCUGCCUUGUGGAAGAGCGCAGACCGCAUUCUGGGUCCGCUUGGAAGGUCUGUUCCCUGGAUGUUUGUUAGCCUACUCUUUCUCAGUCUAUCGAUGAACAUGAUCAUGUUAUGGAGGCAGCUUAUGCUUGGGCUCGAGCAAAAAUGGACAGCAACAGAGAAUACGGACAGGGAGAUUCGUGCUCGGGUUAUCGAUGGGGUUCGAUGGGCGUUGAAGAAUCGUGAUUGCUCGAACCCCCACGAUAAAUCUUUCUCUCUGCAAGGGGUUCUCAACAUCUGUCAGGUUGUCCAGCGGACUCCAGACUACGCACGCCCCGUAGCUGACACAUACCGCAUACUGAUGGAAGACCUAAUAUCCUGGGAUGCUCAGUCACUAAUCAUGCUGCUUGAUGCUGGGUCGCACAUAUCCUCAGCCCCUUCCUGGGUACCAAAUUGGACUGGGAACGGUCCCAGUGAGUGGCUUGUGUCCCAAUAUCGAACUAGCAUGGCACCGACUGCCGCAUACCUUAGGCCACCGUCAGAUAUCCCAGUUGUCAACAACGGCAUACUCCGACUGAAGGGGAAAUCCAUAGGCACGAUCAAGUACCGCACAGACAUGAUGAUGCCCACUAGCAGUCCGAAAGACCAGCAGCUCUCAGCACUGUUCCGACUCGCGCAAUUUCUCGCCCACAUAAACAACGAAAGCUUUCGGCCUUUAUACCCUGAUGACUUGACAGUAACAUCGUUCGCUGUGCUAGAAGGGCUAAUGCGGAAGGAAGGACCAAGAUGGAAAGAAGGCAACGGCAUGGUGCGAACCACAACGCGGUUGGCGGCAUGGGAGGGGCCAUAUGACUUCCGCAAAGAGCGAAGUCAAUUUUUGCGUCUACGUGCGUUACGAAAUCUUAUAAUGAAAGCUCUGCCAAGUUUGAACUUGGAGUCAGAGGAGAGCUCAGAAACGGCGAUUAAUGCGUUGCUCCAGGAGGUUCUACGCAGCAACUACACAGGCGAUUACUUCCUCCGUCUUAUAGACAUACUAACCACGCAGAAGAGGAGUCUGUACAUUCUGUCAUCUGGGCUUGCCGGCACAGGACCUCUCGGGGCUUCUGUGGGAGAUGAGGUUUUUCUCCUCCCUGGGGUACCAGCUCCCAUGGUAUUAAGAAAGGCGGAUAAAGCAGAUAGUAAGACUGUGAUUGGGGCAACUCUUGUUCACAGCAUGAUGCAUGGUGAAAAGACCCUUGCCAUUACCUACACGACGGUAGAUCUAUGUUGA